UAUUCUAAUUGUUCGUAUAUUUUAGUAUUUUGUUUUUUUAUUUGUGUUCUACAUUUUUUAAAUAUUUUUAUUUAAACAGAAAUAAUUUUGCCAGUUAAGUUAUAGUUUUUAAAACGUGUAACUCUGUUCAAUUCCACCAGCAGCUCCUGUUCUUUCAAUCUCUACUGUUGUCAAGAUUACGACAUUGUUUCAUCUACCGCUACAUAUGUAUAGUAGUGAUAUUCAACAGGUUUUUAAGUAAAUAUUGUAUUUUAGUUAAACGUACACUAUUUUUUUUAAAAUAUCCCUACGUAUUGAAUAAUGGAUGUAUCAUUUGUUAUAAUAAUAUGAUAUUUAAUGUCAGCAAUAUAAUAACACUCUUUAUUCUAUUACUCAAUGUAUUGCCUUAUUAUAUAUUGAGUAAAGUAAAUUAAUUUCAGAGUAAAUGUUUCAUAAUAUCUACUUAUUUAUAAAAAAUACUGACUAUUGAUUAAUUUUCACGGUCUUAAUGUGUUUUAGAUGUUGAAAGUAAUAAAUAUUCAACAUAAUAACCAUGUCUCGAGGAGAAAAAACCAAACCAACCACCAACUUUGUGAGUACCAUUGUUUUCAGUUUUAAUUUUUUCUUAACUUAAAUUAUAAUAAUAUUUUACAAUGAUAAUCAAAAAUGUAUGUAUUUCAUGAGAGAUUUAAUGAUAAAUUUGUCUAGAAGCUUGAUAAUUUUUAUUUUAAUAUAAAUUCUGAUAAAUUGUAUACAAUAUAACUGUACCUAUGUAUAAUUACAUAAUAUUUCUAUGUGUGGUGUUUCUUAUUCCAACUGUUUUUUUUUUUGUAUGAACACUUAAUUAUAUUUUUUAAUCUUUGUGCCUAUAGCUAGAUACAUUGUUUGGACGACCCAAAAAAUAUGGGUCAGCGGCUUCAUCAAAUUUGGGCGGUAUCGGUGGAAACACUUUAAAUCACAGUGGCAAUACAAACACAUAUGGAACUGGCAGUCGCUCUUUGCCACGCAUCAACUCGGAUAAUGAUAUUUCUGGGGGUCACACCGAUGCAGAUGAGUGUGAAAUGUUUGUUGAACAUUUAGAUGUAGAAGCACUCAAUGAUAAAUUCGAAGAAAUGCUGGUAAAAAUAAAUAAACAUUUAAAAUAUCUAUUUAUUUUUACGAAAUAAUAUUUUUAUCAAUUUGAUACUUUUUUUUUAAAUAUAUAUUUAAAGAUCAUCUUGUAUACAUCUUAAUAUUAAGGGUGUUCCAGGUACAUUAUUUAUUAACAAAUCGGGUACCGAAUAUUGGCUUAGUAAUAAUUUUUAUAAAUGUUGGUUACUGAGUAGUCGUUGGGUACAUAAUAUGAUAUUGUGUAUCUGGUUAGGAUUCGAUAGCCGAGUACCCGGAACAUCUCUAAUAGUUAUAUUUUUAAGAUUGUAAUAUUAUAAACUGUAUACCUAUAUUUACCUAUUUGCAAUGAUUAAAGUGGGGGGACAGAAAUGAAAGAGGGUGCUGGAUACGGUCGAGUAAACAUUUUAUAAUAUCGCCUGGUAACAAGUAGUCGGCGGGUACAGAAUAUGAUAUUGGUAUCUGGUUAGGACUCGAUAGCCGGGUACCUGGAACAUCUUUACUGAAUAUUUUAUUUCUUGAAUAUUUAAAUGUUAAUUGUAUGUAAUGUUUUUGCUUAUUAUAUAUAGGAUGAUAUGAAUUUAACGGAAGAAAAAAAGACCCCACUAAGAGAACAAACAGUAGUAAACAAAAAGAAAAUGUUAAUGAUGCACUAUAAAAAAUCAAGCAAUGUAAGUUUGUAUAUUGAAAAACAACUAACAAAUAAUUAUUUAGGCUAAUACUCAAAAAUAAAUAAAUUUUGAAUAAACAUGUGACAACAAAAUUAGCCUGUGGCUUUAUAUUUGAUGUAUUUUAUGUACGACCAAUUUUGUUUUAUUAAAUUAUUAAAUUUAUAGGAAGGAAAUAAAAAUAAAGUGUGCGAUAAACCUAUAGAAUAUAUUCAGUAUCUUUCACAACCAGAUUUAAGUGCAAAUAAAACUUAUAACUGUGUGGUAUCCUUACGCAUAGCUUUAACCAAUCAUCCAUUAAGUUGGGUUAGUGAGUUUGGCACUGAAGGAUUACGUCAAGUAUUAUCUGUUCUCAAUGAAUGUUAUCGCAAGUAAUUACAUAUUUUUACUAUAUCUCACUAAACUAUACCAAACAACAUUUUAGAAAUCUAAAUAUUUUAAUACUUAAAUGUUUGAAAUAAAAUUAUUGUCAUUAUUUUGUUUUAGUGAUGGAAAAAAUACACAAUUUGCCCGAAUACAAUAUGAAUGCAUUAGAUGUUUAAAAGUCAUAAUGAAUAGUACUGUUGGACUAAAACAAAUGUUUGGACAGAAAGAGGCAUUGACUGUCAUAGCUCGGUCAUUGAAUAUUAAUAAGCCGGCUGUUAUGCUUGAGGCAGUAAAAGUUUUAGCUGCUGUAAGUUUAAUACCACCAAAUGGUCAUGAGAAAGCUCUGGAAGCAAUCACAAUGAGUGCAGAUAUAGAAAAUCGUUGUAGAUUUUUACCUAUAGUACAGGGUCUAAAAAACAUAAGCAACGAGGCAUUGAGAGUAAGUGAAUAUUUGUAUUUAUUUAUGUGUAUUAUUCCCUUAUUUAUAACAUUUAUACAUUUGUAGAGUGUACCUGCAAUCUGUAUACAUUUCAAACUUAUCCCAAUAAUUUUUCUUUCUACAUUUGUAUUUGAUUCUUAUACUUAUAAUUAUAAUCCUGUUUAGUAUUUUAUAUAAAUACAGUGGAACCUCGUUGAGUAGAAAUUCAAGGAAAAUGCAAUUUUUUAAAUUUAUUGAGGUUUUUGCCUUACUAAGGUUUUUGAGUUUUUAAGGUUUUAGAAAAUAAAUUUGAUUUACAGAGUUUUUAUAAUGCAUGAACUUAUUAUAGUUUUAAUUACUAUAUAGGAUAUAUUAUGAACAAUGUACAUAUAAUUACAUUGUGUAUUGUUGUUAUUAUUUUAAAAAUUGUAUUACUAAACAAUUAUGAUAAAAAAUGUGAUUAAAUAAUUAAUAUAAAACAAAUGUGUAUAGUUUUGCAACUAUAAAUAAUAGAUAAUUUGUUAUCUUACUUUGACUUAGAGUUUGAGAGUACAUGCUAUUAUUAAUAUUAUUUUCUACAAUAUUUAGAGCAGAGUACACUUUAUUGUCCAUAUUAAUUAUUUGUUUGAUUGACUAUACCCAAUAUAGUGAAAAUAAACCAAAUAAAAAAUAUGAUAAUAAACUCAAUAAAUGGGACUAGGUUAUAUUAUGGGACCACAAGCUGAUUAGAUAAAUGAUUAUAAAAAUUAUUCAUCUAUAUUCGGAACACAGAAUGUUUGAGUUUUCUAUAGUUUUUCUUUGAAUAAUUGAGGUUUUUACAAGGGACUGGCAUUUAUUUUGACUUAUCAAGGUUGCACUGUAAUCUAUUUAUUUCAAUUAAUUCAUAGAUCAUAAUUUUAAAAUAAAAUUAUUAUUAAUAUAUACUGUAAAUAAAUAAUCAUACAAUUAAGUAUAUACUUUAAAAAUGAAUACAAUUUUAAAUUUGUGUUGAAUAUUAUUAAUUGAAUUUAUGUUCACUAUAUUUUACAGGUGGCGUGUUUACAAUUUAUCAAUGCUAUUGUAUCAACUCCCGAAGAUUUAGAAUUUCGUGGUCAUUUACGAAAUGAAAUUAUGCGUGCUGGCAUGUAUGAUGUUAUUGAUGUAAAUUUAUUAUAGUUAUAUUUAAUUUAUUAUUAGUUGUUUAUAAAAUCAAGUACUAUUGAAAAAUAUAACCAUAAUAACAUAAUUUAUGAUUUUUAGAGUUUAGAAAAAAAUUGUAGCGAAGACCUUAGUAGACAAUUAAACAUAUUCAAUUCGCAUAAAGAAGAUGAUUAUGAGGAAUUAAUUCAGAGAUUUGAUAAUGUACGUAUGGAUUUUGAUGAUGUUGGAGAAUGCUUUGAUGUUAUUAAAAAUAUUGUUGCUGAUACACCAGCAGAAUCAUAUUUAUUAUCAAUAUUACAACAUUUUUUGUUUAUUAAAGAUGAUGUCGCUAUCAGGUAAAAUUUCACAAAAACAAAUUAAUUUAUAAAACUAAGUUAAAUUAAUUUUUCAAUUAAACAUUUCAAACAAUAAUAAUGAAAGUAAUAAAUUUAUCAUUUUAUUGAUUUUAUGUUUAUAUUGAGUUCGGCCUCCUUAAAUUUAAAACCUAACCUAAAUCAUUUGUAUUUUAUUAGAUUAGCCAUUCCUCUAAAACUUUAUGAAUUAUGGACUACUUAAUAAUUAAUUUCCCACCAAAAAUACUCCCAGGCAGUAUUUUUAGGUCGUAAAAAUAGUUGGUCCAUAAAUAAGAUAAUAAAACUAACCAUUCAACUGCAGAAUUCUUUAAAUUAAUAAUAUAUAAUAUACCUCUUUAAAAAUAUAAACAGUGCAAAUAUAUUAUUUAUUUAUUUAUUUUAAUAAAGGCCUGCUUUUUACAAACUCAUAGAAGAAUGUGUAUCACAAAUUGUUCUGCAUCGCAACGGCUGUGAUCCUGACUUCCGUGCUACCAAAAGGUUUCAAUUAGAUGUCCAACCAUUAAUUGAUACUUUGGUUGGUUAGUAUUAAUUAUUUGUAAUCGAAUGAUCCCAGAAAAGGAAUUACUGUAUUAUCAUAUUUUACAACUAAAAAAUUUAUUUGUUUAUAAUAUUAUUUUUAAAUAGAGAAAUCUAAAGCAGAAGAAGAUAGAAGAGUCGAAGAACUAAAAGAUAAAUUAGAAUUAGCGGUAGCCACCCGUCAAGAAGCUGAAGCAAAAUUAAUUCAGGCUGAAACUGUAAUAAAUGAACUCAAACUAAACACUUCAAUUGAAGGUGUAAGUAUUCAGCUUCUGAGCUUAGUGAAAAAUGUAUUAUUUUAAAUUAAUGUGUAUUAAUGUUUAUAUUACAUAAAUAAUUAUAGUCAUUUAAAUUAUAGUAUAGCUUAAAUAUUUUGUAGGUUUAGUAUUAAUUUUUUAUUUUAUAACUAUUUAAAUGGUAUUUUACAAUUUACUUUUCUUUUAUUGUAAUACAUUACCUAAAUUUGACUUGUUUAAUAAUUUAGAAUGGAAAACUUGGAUUGAAAAAUCCACAGAGUGGUAGUCAACCACCAAUUCCACCACCACCACCACCACCACCACCUGGAAACUUGCCACCACCUCCACCACCACCACCCCCUAUGCCUGGAUGCCCCAUUCCACCUCCACCGCCAGCAAUGCCUGGAUUUGGUCCACCACCACCUCCACCAAUGCCUGGUAUGAUGGGAGGUGCACCACGUCCACCACCUCCGCUCACAAACUUAGCAAUGCAAUUACCUCCUGGACUUAAACCAAAAAAACAGUGGGCAGUAGAAGGAUUGAAAAGAGCUAAUUGGAAAAGUGUAUGUAAAUCUAUAAACAUUAAACAUAAAAAAAAAAAAAACAGAAACUAUAUUUAUUUACCAAAAAAAUCAUGUGAUAUUAUAUGUAUGUAUGUAGAUAUGAUAUUAAAAAAAAUAUCAAAUUAGUUUAAUACUAAAUUGAAAUCCUAAUUUAAAUAUUUGAUUUAAAAUUACAUUGAAUAUGUUAUUGUAUUUUUAUAUAUUUAUAGUAUAUACAUUAUGCAUACUUUCUUAUACUUUAUUAUUUAGAUAAUACCGCAAAAAGUAUCAGAUAAAUGUUUUUGGGCACGGGUGCAAGAAGAAAACUUAGCUUCAAAUGACAUAUUACAAGGUCUAACAGAAAAAUUUUCUUCAAAACCCGCUAAAAAAAUCAUUGAAAAUUCAACUGACAAGUAAAAUAAUGUUUGCUGUAUUACAUAUUUGUUACUCAAAUGAGCUUAAUUUAUAUUUUUAGAUUAAAUAACCCAAAGAAAGUAAGAAGUCUACAAGUUUUAGAACCCAAGGCCUCACAAAAUCUUUCUAUAUUAUUGGGCGGUUCUUUGAAACACUUAAGCUAUGCAGAUGUGAAGCGUGGUGUUCUUCGAUGUGAUGAUACAAUUUUAAAAGGCAAUGUAUUAGACCAGCUAAUUAAUUACCUUCCUCCACAGGACCAAUUAAAAAAAUUAAAAGAUUUAAAUUGUGGCUAUGAAAAUCUUGUAGAAUCUGAGCAAUUUGCAGUAACGGUAUUUAUGAUUGAUAAUUUUUUUUCUAUAUAUAUUUGAAUUGAAUGUUUAUCUCAAAAAAUUAAAUGUUUCAUAUACUUUUCUUUUUUUCAGAUGGGUGAUAUUAAAAGAUUGUUACCAAGGCUAAAAUCUUUAAACUUCCGUCAACAUUUCCCUGAAAUGGUACAAGAUAUUAAGCCAGCAAUUAUUGCUGGAACAGCAGCUUGCGAAGAAGUUAAAAGUGGUGUAAAAUUCAAUAAAAUUUUAGAACUUGUAUUGUUAUUUGGGAAUUAUAUGAAUAGUGGCUCUCGAAAUGGUCAAGCAUAUGGUUUUGAAAUUAGCUUUUUGCCUAAAGUAUGUGCCAAACAUACUAUUUAUAUUAUUUAUUUACAUUUGUUAUACCUAAAUAUCAACUAAUAUUUUAUUUGAAAAGCUUGCUUCAAUCAAAGAUGUGGAAAAUAAAUCAUCACUUCUUCAUUACUUGGUUGAUAUAGUUGAAAAAAACCAUCCAGACUUAAUAACGUUUGGUGAUGAACUAACACAUUGUGAUCGUGCUGCUAGAAUUUCAAUGGAUGUUAUUCAAAAGACUUUACGUAUUAUGGAUACAAGUUUACGUAAUCUCGAUUUAGAUCUUGCAAACAAUUUUAGUAAACAAAAAUGCAAUGAAGAAGAUUUAUUUUCAGAAGUGAUGACGGUAAAUAUUAAUUUUAUUUUUAUUCUAUUCACAAAUUAUUUUAUACAUUAUCUAAUAAACUUAUAUUUUAAAUUAUAAUUGAAAUACUAUUAUUAUUUGAAUUAUGUAUAAACAUAGUAAUGAUAUCAGAACAAUAAAGUAGUUCUGUUCCAGUUGUUUUAAUAUUAUUUUUUUUAAUAGCCUUUUGCAAAAGAAGCAAAGUCACAAUUUGAAUUGUUACAAAAUAUGUAUAAAAAAAUGGAAGCCCUGUAUGACAAUUUAGCUGAUUAUUAUGUGUUUGACAAAUCAAAGUAUACAUUAGAAGAAUUAUUUAAUGAUCUAAAAACAUUUAAAGAUUGUUUCUAUGUAAGUAUUAAGCAGUAAGCAUUAAUUAUACAAAAAUUAGAAAUUAAUAAAGAUAGUUAACAUUUUUUUUUUGUAAAUAUUCAAAAUCAACCUUAGUGUUUGCCCCUGAAUGGUUUUACCCUAACUUAUUUUUUGAUACAUCUGUGAUUUUUUUCAUACUAAUAUUUUGUCAUACUUAGAAAAGCUUCCACAAAAAAUGUUGAUUGUCUUGAAAAAUAUAUUUUUUAAAUUAUUAUGUAAUAACUAAGAGUCUUUAAAAUUGUAUAUUAUAUAAUUUAGAAAUCUUAAUGAUUUGGUUAUUAAAUAAUAUGAACAAUUUUAAAACAUUUUAUUUCAAUUUAAAAAUAUCAAUUAUAAUUAAAUAAAAUAAUUGUAGGAUUAUCAAAGAGAAAACCAUAAGCAACGAGAGGCAGAGGAAAAAAGUCGUCGGGCUCGUGAUGCUCGUGAAAAACUUGAAAAAGAGAAAAAAGAACGGUUAGCCCGUAAAAAUGCACUGGUUGACAUUAAUGGUGAUCAUACACAAGAAGGAGUUAUGGAUAGUUUGUUUGAAGCAUUACAAACAGGGACUGCAUUUAGUCGAGAUCAGAGACGUAGGAGGCCAGCUCCAACGGGUGGUAAUAUAUUAAAUUAUAUUACAUUUCAAUAAAUUAUUUUUUUAAAUAAUAAUUAAACAAUUGAAUACAUAUUAUAACCACUAGAACUUUUUCACUAUUAAUGUAUGAUUAUAAUAGUUUUUAUUUAAUUUUUUUUUUCAUUUAGAUGAUAAAAGAGCUCCAAUAUUAUAUCGCAAUAGAGCAGCAAAGUCUAUUUUUACAGAACGAGAUUUACCAACCACGAGAGUUCAAAAUUAGUUAUUAGUGAAAUUUUAUAUUUUGUCCCUUUCAUUGUUACUUAUUGAACUGUAUUAAAUAAAAUGACUAAAAUUAUAGGUCCAUGUUCUAUUUUCAUUCAAAACAUAAUAUUUAUGAAAAGGCUGUUUAUGUGAAACAAUUUUUCUAUGAUUUUUACUGUACAAAUUAUUUUGAUAUAUUGAGUGAAACAUAUUUUUGUUUGUCUGUUUUUAAUUUGUCAUGAAAAAUUAUGUCAUAGAAGAAUUAAAAAGGCCAUAUAUUUAAUAUAAUAAUUAAUGGGAACUCUUUUUUAUAAAUUAAAUUUUAUCAUUGACCAUUGCUCAGUUAU